AUGUCUACUCUCCUUGUGACGUAUCUCCUUCUUCGGCAAAGCCAUGCCUUGCCUGUCAUUGUCGUCAAGCAGCAGUCGGACAGCGACCCUUCUACCGCCGCGUCAGCAUGGGUGUCUCCUCCAAACGUACGCGGGACGUACGAUUUGAUCCUGGGCUGCCUGGCGACUUCGUUUCUCUCCGCCUGGAUUGCAUGGCACCCCAACUUCAAGCCCGGAACUUCUCCAGUCAGAUCUCUCUUCGAGCGCUUGCUGUGGAUCGGAGCCGUCAUAGCUGCACCGGAAAUCAUUCUUUUUUCUGCUUGGGAGCAGAGAUGCGCAGCACGAAAACUUCGGGAUGAGAUCAAUCAGCUAGGCCAACGAGCAUACGACGCCGAAGAUAUUGACUCGGCUGUGCGUUCUUAUGAGGAGCAUCUUCAGGAUAAAAACAUGUCUUUUCUGAAGCCUUCCCAUAUGCCUCGACGACUCUCGGCUCCAGCUACCACCGUCCCCGUUCUCUCCGCAGCAUCGCUGCGGUCUUUAAACGCAUCAUCUCAGUCCGCCUUCGGCCACCCCUCACCAAGUAUCUACUCUCACUCGGACAGCCGCUCCGAGACCAUGGUCUCGAGCCAGUACGCGCACUCCCGAACCCCGAGCCGGAGUUCUGCAUCACCCCCAACCAAACCCCUCUUCUCCCCUUGGACCCUCAACGAUGCCUUCUUGGCAGUCUCUGGCGGCCUCACUGCCGACUCGUCCACAUUCUGGACAACCGACACCCUCACCUUCACCCCCGCCGGUAUACUCGAGCUCGCCCGCGCCGGCCUCCUUCCCGCCACCCGCCCCUCGACCGUCCCCGACAAAAGCAAACGCGACGGCAUUGCCAUCUUCCUCGUCGCCAUCCAAUGCCUAUGGUUCACCGCCCAGUUCCUCGCCCGCCUCGCCCACCGCCUCCCCGUCACCCUCCUCGAAAUCGGCACCCUCGCCCACCUCCUCUGCACCCUCGCCAUCGCCAGCACCUGGGCCCGCAAGCCCUGGAACGCCGCCAGCACCGCCUGCCGCCCACCCCUCCCCCACCCCUCCCACGAGCGCCAAACCGACCUCGCCGCCCUCUUCGCCAUCGACCCGCACCUCUCCCACACCCUCAACCCGGACAAGAACCGCCUCGUCUACCCCAUCGACAUCACCGAGGCCACCGAAGCCCUCACCAACGCCUCCUUCCCUCCCCGCCUCACCGCGUCGUCCAAAACGAAGAGGCGCACGUCGGCCUGGCAGCUCAGCGCGGAAGGCCACGCCAAAGUCGCCGAGCUCCACGCCCGCGCCUGCCGCGCCCUCGAGCACCUCCGCCGCCGCCACCGCGCCCAAGUCAUCGGCUCGCACGUCGGCCGCGCCCCGCCCCCGCCCUCCCUGCGCUUCGUCCAGCCGCGCGUCGUCGCCAGACGCAGCGACUGGAGCGUCGAGGGCGCGGGUGCGCUGGAGACGAUGCGAGAAGCGGGCGCAGGAGAUGCUGGUGGCGCCCGCUCCUUCGUCGUCGUUGCGCCCGCUGUUGCGGCCGCGGCGCUGCUGGGCGCCGUCGCGCUUGGCGUGUCGUGGUGGGCGGAGGUCUUUCCGACGGGCGCCGAGAGGGUGGUGUGGAGGGUUGCGGGGGGCGCGGUCGUCGGCGUUGCUGGUGCGGUGGCGGCGUUUGUGGGGGGUGGCGUGUCGCGACGGUGGAGGGGGAUGGGGGCCCGGGGAGGAGCUGAUGGUGGUGGUGGUGGUGGCUCGGCGGCGGUGUGGAAGCGGAGAGCUGUUUACGCCGUUGGUGGGGUCUUGUGGGCGCUGUACGUGGCUGCUAAGGGUUGUCUGCUGGUGGAGGCGUUUGCGAGUUUGAGAGCGCCGCCGCAGGGGACGUAUGAGGAUGUGGUGGGCGUGCGGUGGGUGCCGCAUGUGGGGUGGUGA